AUGUGUGGCACCGCGUGCGCGGCGUGGCCUGCAGCCACCGAGUGCCCGUCCGUGUGGCCCUCGGUGCUGAAGCAGGUGCAGCGGCGGGGCGACGAUGCAUGGGGCGGUGCCGAUGCCGUGCAGGGCGCCUGGCGCGUCUCUCUGCAUGCGUCCGUCCUGGGCCUGCGUGGCCCGACGGUCGUCCAGCAGCCGCUGGUCUCGCACGACGAGCAGCUCUGGCUCACAUGGAAUGGCGAGAUCUUUGAGGCAGAAGACCCCGCCCUUGUUGACCAGGCGCUGAACGACACGCAGCAGCUGUUUGACCGCUGGUCGGGCGCCUCCUUCUCCGAGGCUCUGCUCGUGCACACGCUGGCGCAUAUGGACGGCCCCUAUGCCUUUGUGCUGCUUGAUCCUGCGAACGCGCAUUUGCUCGCGUCGGCCGCGAGCGUCGAGAGUGUGCAGGCACAUGUGCCAUGGACCGAGGUGCCCUGCACGUCGCUGUGGCGCCUGUCGCUGCGCGCGAACAAAGAUCCUGUGCCCCUCGAGCGAUGCUCGCCCUAUGCGCGCCGCCUCGAGCUGGCCCCUCCCAGUCUCGAGUGCACUGUGGACCAGGCCCUUCCCCUCCUCGAGCAGGUGCUCAGCGAAAGUGUGCGCUUACGCGUCCAAGCGCUCCGCGACACGCCGCGGGCUGCCCCUGUGGCAUUGCUCUUCUCGGGUGGCCUGGACUGCACGGUCCUGGCCGCGCUGGUGGCGGAGCACCUGCCGCCCGAGUCCCCCAUCGACCUGCUCAAUGUCGCGUUCGAGAAUCCCCGCUCGAUAGCGGCCGCCUGGGCGUCCGGCGCGCAAGCCGAGCCGGGCACCUUUCCACACGACAUGUACGCGGUGCCGGACCGUGUGGCCGCGCGGAAAAGCGCUGAGGACCUGCGCCGGCUUUAUCCAACGCGCACAUGGAACAUGGUCGAGGUCAAUGUGCCGUACAGCGAGUACGAAGCGCACACACCGGCGGUCCAGGCACUCAUGCACCCCUCUGCGACCGUGAUGGACCUGAGCAUUGCGUGCGCACUCUACUUUGCUGCACGAGGCGAGGGGCAGGUCGAUGGCCGUCCUUACCGCUCGCCAGCGCGCGUCCUUCUCUCUGGGCUCGGCGCCGACGAGCUCCUCGGUGGCUACGCGCGCCACCGGCAGGCGUGGCGGCGUGGCGGCGACGAGGCGCUCACGGCCGAGCUGCAGCUGGAUCUCGAUCGCCUCCCGACGCGCAAUCUCGGGCGCGACGACCGCGUGCUGAGUGCGCAUUCGCGCGAGGCACGAUACCCCUAUCUCGCCCGAUCCGUACGGGCGUUUCUCGCGGCGCUGCCGGUGCAGGCCAAAGCGGACAUGGCCGAUGCGCUGGGCGACAAGAAACUCCUACGUCAGCUAGCGCAUCAGCGCGGUCUCUCGUAUGCGGCCGCGCUGCCCAAACGGGCUAUCCAGUUUGGUGCGCGCAGCGCCAAGAUGGACGCGCAGGGCGCGCGCCUCAAAGGCACGGCGGCGGUCGGCGUCCUCCACGUGACAGGCUCGCGCAUGGUCCCUCGCGCGAGCACGGCGCCCCUUGCCAUGCCUCUUCGCGCUGUUCCGUGGCGCUCGUUCGCGCACACGGCGUACGUCGCCGAAAAAAACAAGGCCGUCGCGCAGUACGUGGGGUCCUGGCGCAUGAGCUACUACCGGCUCAAGCUUUUCUCGCUCUCGUCGCUCGGUGUUGCGGCCGUAUUUGCGCCGCUCUUUGUCCUCUGGCCGCACAAGCUCGAGAUGGCUGCGCGUCUGGGUGUCGCUGUGACGACGCUCGGCGCUAGCGCGACGAGUACGGCGCUCAUUUCGUGGAUCGGUGCGCCCUAUGUCGGCCACAUGACCCUGCGCCGCGCCGACCCGGCGUCGCAGCCGCUGCACUACAUUUCCGACGGCGCGAGCGAUGUCGUCCUGGACGAUACGCCAAGCGAUCCGCCCCGCCACGCAAGCGACAAGUACUAUCUGGAGAUUGCGACGCUCAGCUGGCACAUGCGCUCGCUCAAAACGACGGUCUAUUCGCCGUCGCUCCUGCGUCCGUCGACGCGCGCCUUUGCAUCGUGGGAGCUCCCGACUGUGCCCCCGCCACUCACGAUCGACAACCCCCAGGGCGUCGGCGAGCACACCGUGUCGAGCUUAGUGGCCGAGACGGUCGAUGUGUCGAACGGGAAAGUGGUCGGCCGCUGGUGGGCGCGCUGGCGCGUCACCCCCAGUGAGCAGGAGGGUCCGGUCACGCUCACUGGCACCUGUGAGCGGGAGGGCAGGCCCGUGUGCCACUUUUACGUCGACGAGUCGCAGCUGGGCGACGACUGGCGCGUCUUGGAGUAA